AUGAAACUGUAUGAUUUUCAACUAGGAGAGUCUUCCAAAAAUGAAGGGUGGACUUGUAACCAUAGAUCAGGCAGCCAAGGCCAGUUUCCACUCACACAGAAUGUUACAGUUAUUGAGGGUGAAACAGCAACACUGACUUGUAGAGUUGAUCAAAAUGAUAACACCUCCCUCCAGUGGUCGAAUCCAGCUCAACAAACUUUGUACUUUGAUGACAAGAAAGCCUUGAGGGACAAUAGGAUUGAACUGCUUCGAGCUUCAUGGCAUGAAUUGACCAUUAGAGUCACCGAUGUUUCAUUAUCAGAUGAAGGGCAAUAUACCUGUUCUUUAUUUACUAUGCCUGUCAAGACAUCCAAGGCUUUCCUCACUGUUCUAGGUGUUCCAGAGACUCCUCAAAUUAGUGGAUUUAUUUCACCAAUUAUGGAAGGAGAUUGGAUGGAACUCAGUUGCAAAACAUCUGGUAGUAAGCCAGCUGCAGAUAUUAGAUGGUUCAAAAAUGACAAAGAGGUGAAAGAUGUUAAAUAUUUAAAAGAAGAGGAUGCAAAUCGGAAAACAUUUACCGUUAGCAGCACAAUGAAUUACAGAGCAGAUCGUUCUGAUGAUGGUGCAGUUGUAAGUUGCAGAGUAGAUCAUGAAUCGUUGAACUCCACACCGCAGAUAGCAAUGCAAGUCCUAGAAAUACACUAUAUUCCUUCAGUUAAAAUAAUACCUUCCACACUGUGGCCAGAAGAAGGACUAUCUAUAACUUUGAUUUGUGAAUCCAAAGGAAAGCCAUUACCAGAUCCAGUAUUAUGGACAAAGGAUGGUGGAGAAUUACCAGAUCCAGAAAGAAUGGUUAUCAAUGGUAGGGAGCUACACAUUAAUCCCCUAAAUAGAACGGACAAUGGUACUUACAGAUGCGAAGCAGAAAACUCUAUUGGCCUAAACAGUGCAGAGUAUGUUCUUAUUAUACAUGAUGUUUCCAACAUUUUGCUUCCCACCACUGUCAUCCCCUCCCUUACCACUGCAACAGUCACAGCCACUGUAGCCUUAACAGGCAUAGGCACAGUCACAUCGGCAACAGCCAUCAACACCCGAGAUCCCAAUACUUUGGCUGGAAGAAAUGUACCAGAUCAUGCUGUUAUAGGAGGGAUAGUAGCUGUUGUUGUCUUUGUCACAUUAUGCUCUAUAAUUCUUCUUGGUCGAUAUCUGGCAAGACAUAAAGGAACAUAUUUAACAAAUGAAGCUAAGGGAGCUGAAGAUGCACCUGAUGCGGAUACAGCCAUUAUCAAUGCAGAAGGCAGCCAAGUUAAUGCAGAAGAGAAGAAAGAAUAUUUCAUAUAG